CUCUAUUAUCAAAUCAUUUGCUGAAUCCAAAGAAUCUUCUCGUCUAGUACAGUAUAUUAUAAAAAUCCUCCGCCCAAGUAAAGCCCCAGGCCCAAUCUUAAACCCAAGGCAACGUUUUUGCUCUCCGGCACCGGCUGCCUACAAACUGAUCUGAACCGGAGAUAGCUUCGGAGCUUUCAAAGUUCCGUGCUCUCAAUUGUUGUAAAAGUUCGGUUAUGAAUUAAGGUAGGCGGUAGAAAUGGAAAGAGUGUUCAGUAAGCUUCGCAAUUUGGACGCUUACCCUAAAAUCAAUGAGGAUUUCUAUAACCGUACGCUUUCCGGCGGUAUUAUUACCCUCACCGCCUCUUUAAUUAUGCUUGUUCUCUUCGUCAACGAGCUCGGAUUGUAUAUCCACAGUUAUACUGAAACACAGCUCAUUGUAGAUACUUCAAGGGGAGGAAAAUUACAUAUACAUUUUGAUAUCACUUUUCCAGCUGUUCCAUGUUCGCUGCUCAGUCUUGAUGCCAGGGAUAUUAGUGGAGAAGAACAUUUUGACAUACGACAUGAUAUAUUCAAAAAGAGGAUCGACUCCCAUGGAGCUGUUAUUGAAGUCAGACAAGAUGGAAUUGGUGCUCCUAAGAUCGAGAGGCCUUUGCAGAAGCACGGUGGCAGACUUGAGCACAAUGAAACAUACUGUGGUUCAUGCUUUGGUGCUGAAACGGCAGAUGAUGAAUGUUGUAAUACAUGUGAAGAAGUUCGUGAAGCAUAUCGAAAGAGAGGCUGGGCGAUAACAAAUACUGAUUUAAUCGAUCAGUGUAAAAGGGAAGGUUUUGUCCAAAAGAUUAAAGAUGAAGAAGGUGAAGGAUGUAACAUCCAUGGAUCUCUAGAGGUCAAUAAAGUGGCUGGGAAUUUUCACUUUGCUGCUGGCAAAAGCUUUCACCAGUCAAGCUUUCAACUCUUCGAACUGAUUGCCUUACAAUCAGAUACUUAUAAUAUCAGUCAUAGGGUAAAUAAGAUAGCUUUUGGCGACUCUAUUCCUGGAGUUGUAAAUCCACUUGAUGGGGUUCACUGGACGCAGGAAGCACAGCAUGGAGUGUAUCAAUACUUUCUUAAAGUGGUCCCUACAAUAUAUAAAGGUUUUAGAGGCCAUACUAUUGAUUCAAAUCAGUUCUCAGCGACCGAGCAUUUCAAGAGUUCAGAGAUGGGUCUUUUCCAAUCACCUCCUGGAGUUUACUUCUUUUAUGACCUCUCUCCAAUCAAGGUGACUUUCACGGAGCAGCAUGUGUCAUUCUUUCAUUUCCUCACCAGCGUUUGUGCAAUUAUUGGAGGUGUCUUCACAGUUGCUGGAAUAGUAGAUGCAUUUAUUUACCAUGGUCAAAAGGCGAUAAAGAAGAAAGUGGAACUCGGGAAGUUUGGGUAAUGACACUACUGCAAGCUAGCGCUUUAUCAUUCUUGACUUCGACUUCAGGUCUUCAGCAGUAGCUAGUGCAUUCUACUGGAUGUUUGUUCAUUUCUUUCCGUCCUUGGCCCUUCUGAUGGUUUUGUUUGGUUAUUUAUUAUGUAUAAGCCUUCCAACAAAAAGGAAGACAUAUGCAUCACGUUCAUAGGGUAAAAUACGUUUAGGGCAAAAUUCCACAAUUGCAGAAUAUGACUAACUUCUGUAUUUCCUGCUGCAACUCAUUCUCAUUAUACUUCGUAUUUCACCUGAGAGUUAGAUGAUCUUAGGUUGUACUUCUGUUCAAAUGGUAGAGAUGAUCUUUUUUGUAGCUUGGACUGAAUUUUGCAUGCCGAAUUUUCUCCCAGAAACAAGGAGUAAAUUGUAAUUGUUGAGUGGUAUAAGUUGACUUUUGUCUCCUGAA